GCCCCGCCGCGGCGGCUGCUCCCCGAAAUGGGCCAGCAAGGCGGAUUAUUGCCAUCGCUAAUCUGCAUUCGCCCUCCUCCCGGUCCUCCCCUGCUCCUCCCUUCUCCGAAUCGCUGCCGUUCAGCCCUGCUGUGCGGUGCCGCACGGGCUGGCCGCCUGCCCCGGGAUGGCCAAGGCUGGCACAGCCGCCGUGCCGAGGCUGGCGGAAAUGCCGAUGGAGGACGGGGACGCAGCAAGGUGGAGGGGACAGCAGGUCAGUGGCGAGGUCAGCGGCAGCCUCCAGCACGGGAGGAUAGAGGACCGGCCGCGCCCGGCAGUGCUUAAUGACGGCAGGACAGAGGUGAUGGCAGAGGGUCGAGAGCUGGGUGACGGGGACGGGACCCCCGGGAGAAUCCCUCAGCAAGCAGGGCAGCAAGAGGAAGCCCUGAUGGCCGAGCUCUCGCAGCUGGUGCAGAAGGUGGUGAAGAGCAGCAGCUGGUGGGAACGGCACGGCGUGGACAUCAGCAUCCUCGCCUGCAGCAUCCUCCUGCUCCCGGCAGGGUUCCUGUGCCUGCGGUCAGCCCAGGCCAUCCCUUUCCUGGUGGGUGUCCUCACUCUUGGCGUGGUGCAUCACACCCUGACUGUGAAGGGCAGCCACCUGGCCAGCCACAAUGCCUUGACUGAGUCCAAGUCCUGGGGCAAAGUGUGGGCCAUCUUCUUCAUCGAGCUCUGCUCAGCUUUCACAGUUGAACAGGGCACCUACAACCACGUGAAGAUCCACCAUGGCUACACCAACAUCAUUGGCAUGGGGGACUCCAGCACCUGGAAGGUUCCUUUCCUGAACCGCUACGUCUACAUGUUCGUUGCGCCUCUGGCAGUGCCCAUCAUAACCCCUCUGGUUGCACUUGAUCUGCUGAGGAACGUGGAGUGGAAGGCAGCUCUCCGCACCCUCUGCUGCAUGUUUCUGGGUCUUUACUGCCAUUUCUGGCUGCUGCUCCAUGUCUCAGGCUUCCAGUCGCCGUGGGCUGCCCUGCUCUGCAUGCUGCUCACCCGCUCCCUCCUGGCCCAUCCCUACAUCCACGUCAACAUAUUCCAGCACAUCGGCCUCCCCAUGUUCGCGCCCGAGCGGAAGCCCAAGCGGAUCCGGCUGAUGAGCCUGGGGGUCCUCAACCUGCCCCGCAACCCCCUGCUCGACUGGUCCUUCGGCCACUCGCUCAUCAGCUGCCACGUGGAGCAUCACCUCUUCCCCAGCCUCUCUGACAACAUGUGCCUCAAGAUCAAGCCUGUAGUCUCCCAGUACCUGAAGCAGAAGCAGCUGCCAUACAAUGAGGACACCUACACCUCCAGGCUCCGGCUUUUCCUCCAGAGAUACGAAGAGCUGAUGGUCCAUGCUCCCCCCAUAACGGAGCUAGUUGGCAUCCAGUGAGGAUGGGGCCCCAGGACUCGGGGGGCUGUUUCCUGCAGGGGCUUGUGGCAGGGAUGGUUUUAGCAGGAUCAGGCCUACACAGAUGCUGGCUUCCACAAAGCCAUUGUGUAGGAAACAACUCUUCCCCAUGUCUUGCUUUUGGCUAAUGAUGCUCAGAGCCACUGUGGGAGGAGAGCCGGGCAGUGCAAUGCCAGGGGUGGAAAAGGAAGGGUCCUUCCCCCUGUUAUUCCAAGCCAGGGCUUGUUUUAUCCACUCUGCUUUCAUGCUUGGGGAGAGAACCCC